AUGGGAGACGAUUCAAAUGAAACGGAAAUAUGGAUAAUCGUAUGCAUUCUAGUGUCUUUUUUCGUAGGUUUGAUAGCGUUUUUAAUUUUACAACGAUUCAGAAGAAAAAAUAAAAGUAAAAAGCUUGAAGAAGAAAUACAUAAACUGCAAUAAUAUGUGAAUUCUUGCGAUAGAAAGCUUGAGAGUCGGGGCGAUAAUAUCAAUACUUAACCCUAAUUAUAAAAUUAAUCAAGUUCAUUUACAAAAACUCACCCCAUUGAUUAAUAAGAUUAAGAGGGUCAAACUAAAAAAAAUGGGAAAAUAUAUUAUGAUGAUAUGGAUAAGUUAGAAAGGGAAAUCAUAAACUAAUAAUAAUCGUAUUCUCCGAAUAAUAAUGAAAAAGAUGAUUAGGGAAUCUAGAGUGGGUAUAAAUAAUCUGUUGGAAUCAAGAAGAAAAACCUAAAAAUUUAGAUUCCUUAAGAUUGA